AUGGAAGCAGCUGAGAAGCCUCAUGCCGUGAUGAUAUCGUUCCCAUCUCAAGGCCACGUGAAACCACUGCUAAAACUUGCCAAGCUUCUCCAUCGAAGGGGCUUUUACAUCACCUUCGUCAACACAGACUUCAACCAAAGAAGAUUCCUAAAAGCCAGAGGACCCGAUUCCCUAACAGGAUUACCUGAUUUCCAGUUUAAAACAAUUCCAGAUGGCCUCCCCUCCUCCGACGAGGAUGCGACCCAGGAUGUUGCUGCUCUAUGUGGAUCCGUUAGAAGGAACAUGUUGUCACACUUUCGGAAGCUCCUUCGCCAACUCAACGAUGCUGCACCUUCUCCUAAUCCUCCGGUGACUUGCAUCGUCUCCGACGCUGUUAUGCCCUUUACCGUCACAGCAGCCCAAGAGCUUGGAAUCCCUGUUGCCGUGUACUGGACUUUUCCCGCUUGCGCUUUCAUGGGCUUUUACCAAUAUCCUGCUCUCAUUAAACGAGGUCUCGCUCCACUCCAAGGUACAUGA